AGUUGUAUAAAGAAAACAGAUGAGAGCUUUCAUUCCCUGCUAAAAAGAUGUCGUGUCUCCACCAGUGAUUCCCUCCUGUGGGUCUCUUUCCAUGUCUUUUUGAAAUUGGCCUAAUCCAAGACUGAGGUUAUGAAGUCGAUCCUAGAUGGCCUCGCAGAUACCACCUUCCGCACCAUCACAACAGACCUCCUCUAUGUGGGCUCCAAUGACAUUCAGUACGAAGACAUCAAAGGUGACAUGGCAUCCAAAUUAGGGUACUUCCCACAGAAAUUCCCUCUAACUUCCUUUAGGGGAAGUCCCUUCCAAGAAAAGAUGACUGCGGGAGACAACCCCCAGUUAGUCCCAGCUGACCAGGUGAACAUUUCAGAAUUUUACAACAAGUCUCUUUCAUCCUACAAGGAGAAUGAGGAGAAUAUUCAGUGUGGGGAGAACUUCAUGGACAUGGAGUGCUUCAUGAUUCUGAACCCCAGCCAGCAGCUGGCCAUUGCUGUACUGUCCCUCACGCUGGGCACCUUCACAGUUCUGGAGAACCUGCUGGUUCUGUGUGUCAUCCUACACUCCCGCAGCCUUCGCUGCCGGCCUUCAUACCACUUCAUCGGCAGCUUGGCAGUGGCAGACCUCCUGGGCAGUGUCAUUUUUGUCUACAGUUUUGUUGACUUCCAUGUGUUCCACCGCAAAGAUAGCCCCAAUGUGUUUCUGUUCAAGCUAGGCGGGGUCACAGCCUCCUUCACUGCCUCCGUGGGCAGCCUGUUUCUCACUGCCAUCGACAGGUACAUAUCUAUUCACAGGCCCCUGGCCUAUAAGAGGAUCGUCACCAGGCCAAAGGCCGUGGUGGCCUUUUGCCUAAUGUGGACCAUCGCUAUUGUGAUUGCUGUGUUGCCUCUCCUAGGCUGGAACUGCAAGAAACUGCAGUCUGUUUGCUCAGACAUUUUCCCACUCAUUGACGAAACCUACCUGAUGUUCUGGAUUGGGGUCACCAGCGUGCUGCUGCUCUUCAUUGUGUAUGCAUACAUGUACAUUCUUUGGAAGGCUCACAGCCAUGCAGUCCGCAUGAUUCAGCGUGGCACUCAGAAGAGUAUCAUCAUCCACACAUCGGAGGAUGGUAAGGUCCAGGUGACUCGACCCGACCAAGCCCGCAUGGACAUUAGGCUUGCCAAGACCCUGGUCCUGAUCCUCGUGGUUUUAAUCAUCUGCUGGGGCCCUCUGCUUGCGAUCAUGGUGUAUGAUGUCUUUGGGAAGAUGAACAAGCUCAUUAAGACGGUGUUUGCAUUCUGCAGUAUGCUCUGCCUGCUGAAUUCCACCGUGAACCCCAUCAUCUACGCUCUGAGGAGCAAGGACCUGAGACAUGCCUUUCGGAGCAUGUUCCCCUCGUGUGAAGGUACUGCACAGCCUCUUGAUAACAGCAUGGGGGACUCGGACUGUCUGCACAAACACGCCAACAAUGCAGCCAGCGUUCACAGGGCUGCAGAGAGCUGCAUCAAGAGCACAGUUAAGAUUGCCAAGGUGACCAUGUCUGUGUCUACAGACACAUCUGCCGAAGCCCUGUGAGCCUGAUGCCUCCUGGGCAGCAUAGGA